UACACAGUAGUGAAGAAGAUCUCUGGUGAGUGUGAGACACCCAGCAGCCAUCCUCGUGUGUCAGGCGGACUAAGCAGGACCCACAGCCCCAUCACAGUGCCUCCACCUCACUCACUAAUACAUGAGAGACACAGUGACCAGAAGAUCCUGGAACUCACCAACAAGAUCAUUCAGCUGCUGACUGGAGAGGAGGAGGAGUAUAUAGAGGAACACAGGGGUCUGUACAAGGACGUGAUGAUGGAGAAUCACCGGCCCCUCACAUCACUGGAUGGGCCCAGUAACAGAGAUACCCCAGAGAGAUGUCCCUGUCCUCUGUAUUCCCAGGAUUGUACAGAGGAGAAUCACAGGAUCCCACAGGAGGAUCAGGUAGAACGUCUGUCUGAUAUUAAGGCAGAAGAUAUAGAUGAAGAAGAAGAGAUGUAUGUGACGGAUAUAAAGGCAGAAGAUAUAGAGGAAGAAGAAGAGACGUAUGUGACUGAAAUAAAGGCAGAAGAUAUAGAUGAAGAAGAAGAGAUGUAUGUGACGGAUAUAAAGGCAGAAGAUAUAGAGGAAGAAGAAGAGACGUAUGUGACUGAAAUAAAGGCAGAAGAUAUAGAGGGAGAAGAAGAGAUGUAUGUGACUGAUAUAAAGGCAGAAGAUAUAGAGGAAGAAGAAGAGACGUAUGUGACUGAAAUAAAGGCAGAAGAUAUAGAGGGAGAAGAAGAGACGUAUGUGACUGAUAUAAAGGCAGAAGAUAUAGCGGGAGAAGAAGACAUGUAUGUGUCUGAUAUAAAGGCAGAAGAUAUAGAGGGAGAAGAAGAGACGUAUGUGACUGAUAUAAAGGCAGAAGAUAUAGCGGGAGAAGAAGACACGUAUGUGUCUGAUAUAAAGGCAGAAGAUAUAGAUGGAGAAGAAGAGACGUAUGUGACUGAUAUGAAGGCAGAAGAUAUAGCGGGAGAAGAAGAGACGUAUGUGACUGAUAUGAAGGGAGAAGAAGAGACGUAUGUGAGGGGUGAUCAGCAGUGUAAGGAGGAGGAGAUGCCUACAGAUAUCAGCACAGCAGAUGGACACACAAGCAGGAAUAUCUCAGAAGGACAUCUAAUGUUAUCCCCGGAUUGUGACAUAAAAGAUGACAGUAGACCGGGUUCUCCAGGAGAUAACCCCAUUACCCCAAUUAUACAUCCAGCUCUAUCAGCUGAUCCCUCUGAUCCUGGGAAAUGUUCUCCUGAUCACUCUGAUAUUGGUGCAUCUGUUACAGCUCUGACAGUAGAUACAGUGUUUCAGUGUUCUGUAGAUGCCAAAUGUUUUACGAAGAACACAAAGCCUAAUAACCCAUACACAGGUAAGGCAGGUGAGAGGCCACUGAUAUGUUCUGAGUGUGGGAAAUGUUUUACAUACAAAUCACAACUUGUUAUACAUCAGAGAAGUCACACAGGUGAGAAGCCAUUUUCUUGCUCUGAGUGUGGGAAAUCUUAUUUAACUAAAUCACAUCUUGUUAUACAUAACAGAAGUCACACAGGUGAGAAACCAUUUCCAUGUUCUGAGUGUGGGAAAUGUUUUGCACACAAAUCGCAACUUGCUACCCAUCAGCAAAGUCACACAGGUGAGAAGGCAUUUCCAUGUUCUGAGUGCGGGAAAUGUUUUGCACACAAAUCAGUUCUUGUUAAACAUCAGAGAAGUCACACAGGUGAGAAGCCAUUUUCUUGCUCUGAGUGUGGGAAAUGUUUUACACAGAAAUCACAUCUUGUUAUACAUCAGAGAAGUCACACAGGUGAGAAGCCAUUUUCUUGCUCUGAGUGUGGGAAAUCUUAUUUAACUAAAUCACAUCUUGUUAUACAUAACAGAAGUCACACAGGUGAGAAACCAUUUCCAUGUUCUGAGUGUGGGAAAUGUUUUGCACACAAAUCGCAACUUGCUACCCAUCAGCAAAGUCACACAGGUGAGAAGGCAUUUCCAUGUUCUGAGUGCGGGAAAUGUUUUGCACACAAAUCAGUUCUUGUUAAACAUCAGAGAAGUCACACAGGUGAGAAGCCAUUUUCUUGCUCUGAGUGUGGGAAAUGUUUUACACAGAAAUCACAUCUUGUUAUACAUCAGAGAAGUCACACAGGUGAGAAGCCAUUUCCAUGUUCUGAGUGUGGGAAAUGUUUUGCACUUAAAUCAUAUCUUGUUAAACAUCAUAGAAGUCACACAGGUGAGAAGCCAUUUUCUUGCUCUGAGUGCGGGAAAAGUUUUACCUGGAAAUCCAAACUUGUUAUACAUCAGAGAAGUCACACAGGUGAGAAGCCAUUUCCAUGUUCUGAGUGUGGGAAAUGUUGUGUAAGUAAAUCACAACUUGUUAGACAUCUGCGCAGUCACACAGGUGAGAAACCUUUUCCAUGUUCUGAGUGUGGGAAAUGUUUUGCAUGUAAAUCAGAUCUUGUUAUACAUCAGAGAAGUCACACAGGUGAGAAGCCAUUUCCAUGUUCUGAGUGUGGUAAAUGUUUUGCACUUAAAUCAUAUCUUGUUAGACAUAACAGAAGUCACACAGGUGAGAAGCCAUUUUCUUGCGCUGAGUGCGGGAAAUGUUUUACACAAGAAUCAAAUCUUCUUAGACAUCAGCAAAGUCACACAGGUGAGAAACCAUUUCUAUACUCUGAGAAAUAAUUCCGCUCUUGUUGCACACAUUAGACAUCACUCAGGUGAGGAACCAUUUUAAUCUUCUGGAGUAUACUUAUCAUUGCCAUGCGUUGUUCUUCAUGGUUCUUAUCCUAUCUCCUAUGCUUUUUGCAAUAUACAUGUUACCACUGGGUGAAAUAAUCAGAUGUCAUGCCAUCAUCUACCACUGCUAUGCAGAUGACCUGUCUUUGCUCUAGGUACUGAGAACCCAGUACCAAUCCUAAAUGGUUGUCUAGCUGAGCUCCAGGUGUGGGUGAUGCCAGUUGGCUGUGAUUCAGUCCUGGUGAAACAGGUCUUUAAGCUCACCAACAAAGGGCAGGGCUACAGUUCAGCUUUGCUACCAACCAGGCUUACGCUUGGGGGUUCAGAGUUACAAAAUGCUGAUCAUGUGCGGAAUCUUGGUGUCCUAGGUGGUGGAGUGACACUUAGAUAUCGGUAUCUGCCACAAUUAGAUCCUCAUUUGAGGAACAUAGCCAGACUCCAGCACUUUAUUCCCUCAGAAAAUCUACCUACAGCAGGGGUGGGCAAUUAUUUCAGCUGGGGGGCCGCUUAACACUUCCAGCGAAUAUUCGAGGGCCACACACAAAAUACUCAAAAAGAGUCCCCUUUUUACACAUUACAGCAGACAUCGUCCCCCUUUUUACACAUUACAGCAGACAGCGCCCCCAUUUUUACACAUUACGGCAGACAUCGUCCUCUUUUUACACAUUACAGCAGACAGCGCCCCCGUUUUUACACAUUACGGCAGACAUUGUCCCCCUUUUUACACAUUACGGCAGACUGCGUCCCCUUUUUACACAUUACGGCAGACAUCGUCCCCCUUUUUACACAUUACAGCAGACAGAUCCCCCGUUUUACACAUUACGGCAGACAUCGUCCCCUUUUUACACAUUAUGGCAGACAUCGUCCCCUUUUUACACAUUACAGCAGACAGCGCCCCCGUUUUUACACAUUACGGCAGACAUUGUCCCCCUUUUUACACAUUACAGCAGACAGCGCCCCCGGGUACUAAUGGUUCCCUGAAGGAGGUCUAUUAUUGGGAUCCCGGUGCCCUCUGGAGGGGACUUUACUUCUAAUCAACGGUUGUGCUGCCCGUGUCCAGUGUAUGUAUGUAUGUAUGUAUGUAUAUAUAUAUAUAUAUAUAUAUAUAUAAACACACACAUAUUAUAUAUAUAUAUAUAUAUAUAUAUAUACAGUAUAUGUUUACAAAUACUCACACACACACAUAUAUAUAUAUAUAUACACACACAUAUUAUAUAUAUAUAUAUAUAUAUAUAUAUAUAUAUAUAAACAGACAAUGUGACCCGGCACUCACAGCUCCUUGAUAAGGCUUCCUUGGCUCACGGUGCCCUCCCUCGGGUGACGACCCGACAAUACAGCGAAACAGACGGGCGGCACUCAGAGCAUGUAAUCAGGUGAAAGCGUGCAGUGAAUUUAUUAUCAUAAAGACAUCAACGUUUCGGGGUCGCAGCCCCGUCGUCAGGAUUAGUGUACAUAAGCAAAUAAAGUGUUUAAAUACCUUAACUUCAGGAGGCACUCCUCCCACUCGUGGAGUCCACGCCGCCCGGAUCCCGGUCGAGACGUCCCUCACUUCCGGAAGUGACGUAAUGCCGGUCCGUCCAGCUGACGUGUUGCCAGUGAGGGGGAGAUCGCCAUGGUAACUGAGCACACAAAUGAGAAAACAGCGUGAACUGAAUUUACAUAAGUAAAAAAAGUCAAAAAAAAUAAAAAAAGUGAUUACUUAUACAUUGCUUUUGAUAGUACUAAUAAUCGUGUAGUGUGUAGGUAAAAAAUCAUAAAAAUACAAACAGCGUGUUACAAAACAGUGAUCACAAACAAAUAUAUACACAUAGCAAUGUAUCGUGUGUAAAAAUGAAUAAAUAAAGCAUAUCAGUAGAUCUGUGACAUUACUAUAAGAACAUGUUGAAAAGUUAAUCUAUAAAAAUUCGUUAAAAAAUAAGAGAGCACAUAUAAACUCUCUUCGUAAUUAACCAUGGUGCUAUAAUCAUACAAACUUGUUGUCUGGAACUUGUGAAUCAAUCUGAUCCAUAGAGAUGCUUAUCAACAGUAAAAAAUGUGAACAAUGCGACUAAACAGAAACCUACUGUCUAGUGGAAAUACAUAAAUAAA